AUGAAUGCAAAGAAACAGAAGUAUCUUGACGAAUAUAUUCGAUUUGGAUUCGUGUCCCUCCAAACGGCUGACACAGAAGUCUCCCAAUGUGUGACAUGUUACAAAACUUUGAGCAAUGAUGGAAUGCGACAUUUAUGCUUGGAACACCACUUAAGGACAACACAUCCUGCUCUUGCAGACAAGCCCAAGGCAUUCUUUGAAACAAAAAGACAUUCCUUGAAGCAAGCUAAGUUGGACGGCAGUGGGCCAUUUCGGCAACAAAUUUCAAUGGUCGUAGAGGCUUCCUAUGAGAUCGCCAUGUUGAUUGCAAAGAGCAAGAAGAGUCAUAGCAUCAGAGAGACAGUCAUAAAACCGUGCAGUAGAACUCGUUCUGAGGAAAGAUAG